GAGUGCGCUUACAGACGUUUUCCUUUCUCGAGCACUGUUAAGGUAGCUGGCAUUUACGAGGAGACCGUGGACAUGCUGGUGACGCCGCCUCAGAACCCAACAGGCUCAGCUGAAUGCCGCAAGCAUCCCGGGUGGAGACGUCGAGUGGCCACGAAGUGUAGCGCUGCCAGACUGCAAUGGACAUGCGUCGCUUGGCACUUGCUUUUUCUCCUGGUCCCCGCAGGGUGCGAAGAAACUCAGGCAGCUGAAAACCCCUGCUGCUGUUUUCCGUGUCAGCACCGUGGUAUUUGUGUUCAGUUUGGACUGGAGCACUACGAGUGCGACUGCACAAGAACUGGUUACUAUGGAAUUAACUGCACCAUCCCUGAGUUUUGGACAAUGGUACAUCAUUUUGUGAAGCCCAGUCCUGACACAGUCCACUACAUCUUGACAAACUUUAAAUGGCUCUGGGGUCUAAUUAACCAUAGCUUCAUCAGAGACACACUUAUGCGUGCUGUGCUAACAGUUAGAUCAAAUUUGAUUCCAAGCCCUCCAACCUAUAAUUCAGCAUAUGGAUACAUCAACUGGGAGUCUUACUCUAAUGUAACUUACUACACUCGACUUUUGCCGCCUGUGCCUGAAGACUGUCCAACACCCAUGGGAUCCAAAGGAAAGGCAGAAUUACCGGAUCCUAAUAUAAUUGUUGAAAAGUUCUUAGUAAGAAAAGAAUUCAUUCCAGAUCCACAAGGAACCAAUCUAAUGUUUGCAUUCUUUGCUCAGCAUUUUACUCACCAGUUCUUCAAGACCCAUAACCGAAUGGGAAGAGGUUUCACGAAAGGUUUGGGUCAUGGGGUGGAUGCAAGCCACAUUUAUGGAGAUAACCUAGAACGCCAGCUAAAUCUCAGACUUCUAAAAGAUGGCAAAAUGAAAUUCAGGGUAGUGAAUGGAGAAAUUUACCCUCCAACAGCAGCCGAAGCUCAAAUAAACAUGAGUUAUCCACCACAUACUCCUACUGAACAUCGUAUGGCCAUUGGACAGGAGUUAUUUGGCCUACUUCCAGGCCUUGGGAUGUAUGCCACUCUCUGGCUUCGGGAACACAACCGCAUCUGUGAUAUCCUGAAGGCUGAACAUCCUACAUGGAGUGAUGAGCAACUGUUCCAAACAGCUAGACUUAUAAUUAUUGGAGAGACAAUCAAAAUUGUAAUUGAAGAAUAUGUUCAGCACCUAAGUGGUUAUCAUUUGAAAUUGAAGUUUGACCCUGAACUUCUUUUUGGUGUCCAGUUUCAGUACAGAAAUCGCAUUGCAGUGGAAUUCAACCAGUUGUACCACUGGCAUCCCUUAAUGCCUGACAGCUUCUUGAUUCAAGAUACAGAAUUCUCUUACAAAGAUUUUCUUUUCAACACAUCCAUUUUGAUGCACUAUGGAAUAGAAACUCUGGUUGAAUCUUUUUCUAAACAAAUAGCUGGCCGGAUUGGUGGUGGCCACAAUAUAAAUCCUUUCAUUAAACAUGUAGCCAUUGGUGUGAUGGAGGAGUCCCGUGUUCUGAGAUUACAACCAUUUAAUGAGUACAGGAAGAGAUUUAACUUGAAGCCUUAUAAAUCGUUCCUGGAAUUUGCUGGUGAUCCAAAAUUUGCCAAAGAGUUGGAAGAUCUAUACGGUGAUAUUGAUGCUUUAGAGUUUUACCCAGGAUUGAUGCUUGAAAAACCUCGUCCAGGUGCUAUAUUUGGAGAAAGCAUGGUAGAAAUGGGAGCCCCAUUUUCACUGAAAGGUCUUUUGGGAAAUCCAAUUUGUUCACCAGAGUAUUGGAAGCCAAGCACAUUUGGGGGAAAAGUAGGAUUUGAUAUUGUUAAUACAGCAUCACUUGAAAAAUUAGUCUGCCUCAAUACAAAGAGAUGUCCAUAUGUUGCAUUUCAGGUGCCCAAAAUCAUUAAAAAUGAUAACGGACAUAUAAAGGAGCCUUCCGAGUUAUAGUGGGAGGGUAGCAGAAGAAUGAGAAGGAGACUUAAUUUUAUUUUUAUAUAUUGUCCAUAAUUUUUAGAAUCUGGAAUCUUUCCUUUAUUUAAUACAGCUGUUCAUCCUUUACCUUGUUUAUUUUGUUUGGAUUUCCCAUCAUAAAAUGUAACUGUUUUCCUUGUAGUUUUUUGAUACUUACAGUAAGUAAUGGCAUACAUAGCUUCCUGACAGCAAAUUGAAAAAAUAUGGCCACUGUUAAAUACCCUUGGGGUUUUCAUGUAUAAACAGUAACUUAUUUUCUGAAUUAAUUUAAAAAAAUUAAGAGUAAGCAUCACUUUGCAGAGAUUGACACAUGCAAUACAGUAAAUGAGAGGCAUUUCACGUUAUGUAAAAUGCACUUCUUUGUUUCAUUUUUUCAAUCUUGUUUUGCCUUGUUAAUUUUUUUUUUUUUUUUAAAACUGUGAAUUCACAAUCUGCUACCAAGCAAAAUAUGUGUGUAGAGAUGUUUUAAUUAGACCUUCCAAACAGAAAUAAUGAAUUUAGUGCUGUAUUUUAACAUUGGAAGUUAAAAUGUUUAAAUUUCAAAACUACUGGUUAAAUUAAUUUUUAUUGCAUAACGCACCAUUGGCUAUUUGUAAAUUGUUAUUUAAAACUGUAAAAAAUAAAGGUCAACUCUUGCCGUAA